AUGGAAGCCGAAUUGAAAGAGUUAGUUCUUGACCGUGGUCUAGUGAAGGCAUCCUUGACUCGUUUUAAAACGUUCUGUAAAGACUCCGCGAAUUUAAGUAAUAUAUACGCGCUACAGAAACGGUUAGAAGCAAACAUUGCAUUGUAUAAGAAGUUCAAUGCUAUUCAAGAUAGAAUAGAGCGGCUAGUGGCAGGAACGAAUGUAGACGAAGCACACGCUUUCGAAAGAGAUCAGUUCGAGAACACAUAUUUUGAUUUAAUCGCCGAAGUUGAAUCCUUUAUUGAAAGGUCACAACCGAAGAAAACUCCAGCGGCAGCUAGUACAGUAGUAGAUACAUCUCACUCACCCACACCCGUAAAUGCACCAGUUGUUUUGCAAAUGCCAUCAAUGCAAUUACCAUCAUUCGACGGUAAUUUUAAUGAUUGGGUUAAAUUCAGGGAUACGUUUUUGUCAGUAGUGCACGAAAAUGGGGCCUUAUCAGAUAUUCAAAGGUUCAAUUUCUUAGAUUCUGCGCUAAAGGGAUCUGCCGCUCGCUUUAUUCGGUCACUGGGAGUCUCAGAAAUCAAUUACAAGUUAGCUUGGGAAGGGUUGAAAGCACGGUAUGAAAAUUCCGUGGCUGUUAAAAGACAUCAUGUUACGUCAUUAUUAGAUUUGCCUUCGAUUCAAAAACCCUCGGCCGACUCAAUCAGAGAAUUUUUAGAUGAUGCUAGUAACCAUCUAUUAUCAUUAAAGGCUUUAGGAGAGCCAAUAGAAUCCUGGGAUACUCUCAUUCUUCCAAUUUUGUCUAGAAAAUUAGACUCAGUGAGUGUAAAGGAAUGGGAAAGACGAACGGUUUCGUUAGCUAAGAUCACGUUUAAUCAGUUCUCAGUUUUCUUAGAAGAACGGUCGAAUUACCUACAGAAUCUUACAAUAAACAGUCAGGUAUCGUCUGCACGAGUCGAAUCGGGUUUUAGAAACCCAGGUAGUCGCAAAGGAGUACGCGUAACUGCCCAUGUUGCUAGUACGACAGUCAAUUGUCCAGUUUGUAAGUCAAACCAUUAUAUAUACCAGUGUGAAAAGUUUAAAGGUAUGACAAUAAAGGAUAAAACAACAAUAGUUCAGUCAUCUCGUAGUUGUUACAAUUGUUUACAAACUGGGCAUCAAGUGAAGAAUUGCACACGUCGACAUUGCUCUCGUUGUGGUAGAAAACACCACUCAUUGUUACACCGCGAUGAUUUUCAUUCAGAGAAAGAAUUAGAUAAGAUUCCUAAUGUUCAGAACACUGACGUUACAUUGACCAGUGUUACGAACAUCGCGAGCAAGUUAGAUGCGUAUACAGUGUUAUCAACAGCAAUAGUGCAGAUUAUGGAUAGUAAAGGAAAAAGAUUAGAAUGUCGAGCGUUAUUGGAUUCUGGUUCAUAA